AUGUUUGUUAAACGUGAUUGGACCAUCGAUAUCACCAACAAUGAAACACACUUGUUCUUGCAGGUCAAUCAUCCAGACAACUUGCGAGAGGCUUGCCAAGUGGCUCGUGAUGUCGUUUAUUCUCAAGACGCGCUAUCCGAAAUGCUUGCAGUCGUCGACUUAGAUCUCUACAUUAACCAACAAUUAGAGGGCUAUGAAGCAAAAUUAAAGCAAAAAGGGGCGACCUGCUAUGCAAAUGCAGCUGCUUCAAUUCUUCAUUUGUCCAUGAAACGAAUUCUUGGACGCGAAGGCGAAUGUCCAGAUUUCUACAAGUUAAGAGAAGAAUUUACCAAUCGUUUUCGAUCUAGUGACGGAGCCAGUACCUUCCAUGUGCUGCAGAAGAUGUGCCCAAAGUACCGUAUGCGGUGCCAGGAAGUUGACCUCAAAGGUGCCAUGGAAGCGAUCACUUCAAGUCGCCCAGUAGUGGCAACAUUUCGGCUCACUGACCCUGAAUGGAAAAGUUUUGGAAACUUCUUUCGAAGAAACCCAAAAGGUAUUUUGACGAAGGCGGAGAUCGACAUAGCAGCCCGUCUUUCCAAUACUCCUACCAUUGGCCAUGCAGUUGUGUUGACCAGUGUCGACAGCCAGUGUCUACAACUGCUGAAUUCUUGGGGAGAUUCCUGGGGAAACAAAGGAUUUUUCAAAGUGCAGAACGCAGACGUUCUUGGAUUGGAAUUUAUUGACGUUUUCUGUGAAAAAGAAGAUUUGACAGUAGAAGAAAAAUCCAGUUACGAGAAACAUGGAUCCGAAGUUGCCAGAAAGUUAAUGAAAGAUUUGCCGAGUCUUCAGCGAGCUGAAUUCAAGUGCCCCAAAUGCAGCAAGACAUCACCAGUGAUGGAGUUUACCGGAACUUUGUCAUACGCAAAGUGCCCCAAAUGUCGCAAUGAGUUCUAUUCAAAAAAUGCCGAGGAAGGGAACAUUUUGGUUCUUAAUCUUUAUCUUACCUCUUUAAUCAGAUAG